GAUAGUCAAAUACGUGAAACAUAUGUGAAACAUGGCGUUUCAACGAUGUUUUAUACGAGUUGCACUGACGUCGUGACAUUUGUUUUGUUUUCGUGGUGCAGCUGAAGGCUUUUCCACAAUUUUCGUGAUUUUGAGGCUUUUCCGUGGGAUUUACAAUGGAUUUGCAAGAGCUGGAACGAGAGGCGAAGGAGUUGGCGAUAAGAGAUGUGAAAAAUAUGUUGCCACGCUCUGGGCAACUUGAGAAAGUUGAUCAGUAUCGCAACAGAAUCUCCCGGAAGAAAGCUUCUGUGGAGUCACAACUGAAGACAGCGAUGCAGAACCAAUUGGACGGUGUGAGAGUGGGUCUGAAGCAAUUGGAAUCUUGUCUGGCCAACAUUGAGGACAUUAAAGUUAGGAUGAAAGAAGUGGAGGAUCUCCUGUCCACAGUGCCUGAAAUCAAUGAUGCCCUGGAUCCGGUGCGAGAUGAAAACACAAAGCACUCUCAAUAUGCCACAGCAAUGGAGAAUCUGAAACAUAUCUUCACCGUGCAAUCGAGUGUGUCAAAGACAAUGCAGUGGAUUGAGGAAGAUAAGCUCCUCCACGCCCAUCAGUGUCUGUCGGACUUGGAGAAUUCUCGGGAUGAUCUUCUCUUUGAACUGCAUAAGCUGCCAAAGCAGUAUGUGCAUGAUAAAAUCACUCUGAAGCGAUACUUUGAAAAGGUGGAGACUGUUUCUCAGGAGCUGGAGAGAAAGAUCCGCCUGAUUCUCAAUCGCGCUUUGAACACCGUUCGGAAGGAACCCACGGUGAUUGUCACAGCACUGAGGAUUAUCGAGCGUGAGGAGAAGAGUGAUCAGUUUGCUUUGGCGCAGCAAAAGCAGACGGGAUUCUUGCCUCCGGGAAGACCAAAGCAGUGGCGAAAGAUGGCCAUGGAUGUGCUCAACAAGUCUGUGGUGCAGAGAAUUGAGGGAUCAAUGCUGGAGGAGCGCACAGACAACAAGCUGUGGCUGGUGAGGAACCUGGAGAUCACUCGUCAAUUCAUGCUUGAGGAUUUGAGAGUUGUUAAGUCGCUUUGCGUGCCGUGCUUUCCGCCGCACUAUGACAUCUUCAGUGAAUACGUGAAGAUGUACCAUUCUGCUCUCUCCAAGUCACUGGAAGACAUCGUGCUGCAAGGAUUGGAGGGCAAUGAGUACGUUUCGAUAUUAUCCUGGAUCACAAAUACCUACACAGGUGCAGAACUCAUGGCACAUCCGGAACUGCGUGUGGAUUUGACAAUUGUGGGGCCACUUAUCAAGCCUGAAUUGCUGAAGCAGAUGGAAACGGAGUAUCUGAAGACUAUGGAGAAGAAUUACGAGGAGUGGAUGACGAAGACGCUGGAGACGGAGAAGCAGGACUGGCAAAAUGGAUCACCGCCAGAUGAGGAGGACCAGGAGAAGUACUAUCACACCUCAGCGCCGGUGAUCAUCUUCCAGAUGAUAGACCAGAAUCUCCAGGUCACCAACACUAUUCACUCCGAAUUGACCUUCAAUGCUCUGGUGCUGAGCAUCCAGCAAGUGGUGAUCUAUGGAAGGAAAUAUCGAGUGGGCAUUUUUGAGUUCAAGGAGGCUCACUUUCGCGAUCGCAGUCGGGCUCCAUACUUCACACAGCACAUGAUCACCAUCGUGAACAACUGCCAGCAAAUGAUUGAGCUGGCGCAUCAGAUGAAGCAGCUGUACUGGCCAAAGGCGCGCACUGAUCGCUAUGAGCACUUCGAGGAGUUGGUCAGUACAUUCCAGCAACUAAGAGAUGAGGCGGCGUCGUUCCUCCUCGAGGAGGCCUUCCUGGAUCUCGAGGUACACUUCAAUGAACUCUUCACGGCCAAGUGGACAGGCUCCAGUGUCACUGUGGAGACAAUUUGCGCCACCCUCGCGGACUACUUUAAUGACUACAAUCAUCUGAGAGUCAUCAACUUCGAGUAUGUGAUCCAGGAGGCGCAGAAGAUUGUCGUGAAGCGCUACCUUCGCGCCAUGUUGUCCAAGAGGAUCAGCAAACCGCAACAAGAGUGUCAUGUGCUGGCCAAGAAGAUCAACGAUGAGACAAAUCAGCUCAGAGCGCUAUUCGAUGAAACUGGAUGUGGAAUUAAGGGUGCAGAUUCUCCGAUUAAGAUCAUCUCGACGCUGGCAAAUCUCCUGACUUGCGACUUUGAGAUGCUCGUGUUGGAUUUGCACACGCUUUUUGCAAAUUAUCCGUCAAUCAGUGAGGAUCAACUCGUGAGGCUCUUCUACAUUCGCAAUGACAUCAAGAUGAACGAAGUGAAGGAGAAGGUCCAGGACGCCAUGAGAUCUAGGAAGACAACAGUCAGUCACGAUAAGCAAGAUAGUAUUUUCAAAGAGAUUGUUUUCUCCGACAGAUUGUGGUAAUUCAACGAAGAAAAAAACCAAUAAGAAUAAAAAUGGAGUAA